AAGUGUUUAAAGAUGGAGGUCGCCGGCCUAACUCUGGCCGGGGGUGUAACAUUUUCAUGCACAUAUCUUUUAAUAAGACGUAUAUUAUUGUCAGGUUUCAGUCAUAAAAUUUCUACCGACAUCCUGUGUGACUUGAGUUUAAAAAUUGUGUCCAGUCUGCAAGCCAUUGCCUCAUUCACAAUUGGAAAUAUUAUAGCCACAGCAUGCCAAGGAAACAUAAUGACAGAAAGACACUGGUUGACCAACAGUUAUGCUGUCUUUGCCCUGCCAUACUUUGUAUAUGAUGUUGGAGCCAUGUACGAGGUUCAUUACCACCAAUAUAAAGAAAUUCAAAAGAAACCUUUGUUGUUUGGAAUUCAGCAUUUCUUAAGAAGAAACAAAGCCAUGAUGAUACAUCACAUAGUCCUACCAAUUAUCUUUUAUCCAGCUAUAAUUCUCUUGAGAAAAGGGUAUGGAGAUUUUUUCGUUGGUAUAUUUUAUCAGAUAGAGUUAGCCAUUCCAUUUAUAGUAUUCAGAGGAGCACUUGCAGAGCUGAAAAUGAAGGAUACAGCAUUAUAUGUGAUAUCAGGAUUAUUAAUGAUAAUUACAUUUGCCGUUACCAGAGUAACAGUGUUUCCAUAUCUCUACUGGAGGUAUAGUAUACAUGCCAAUAUAUCCUUCUGGGAUGUCCCAUGGAACAUACCGAUAAAGUGUAAUGUAGGCUGUCUUAUAAUUUUAGUAUUACAAGUGUAUUGGUUAGCUAUUAUGGUUAAAGGAGCUGUCAGAGUGUUUUACAAGAUGUAUAUCACAAGAAUAUCAAAAAAGUCUUCAACAGAAUAAAUCUCAGGGAUAUUAUUUUGUUAUGAAUUAGGUCAAAAUAACAAAUAUGUUUGUUUCCCCUUCCCCCCAGUCAAAAAAUUAUUUUCCACAAAAAAAAUAAAAAUAAUUUUAUUCCAGAAAAUAAUUUGUCUCCAUUUUUUAAAAGAGCUUGAGAGCAAAAGGAUUAAUGAUCUAAAUUAAUACACUCAAAUAGAGCACAAACAACUGCCUGGUCUGUUUACAAAGAGUCGACUCGGGGAGGGAAAACAGACAUCCCUCUAAAUGUGGCCGUG